AUGGAUACUGCAGUGUCCCUGAAUGAGCUGGUCUAUGCACGCUCAGAGAACAACCUGAAGUUCAUCUGUGAGUUUCAACCUGGACCCAGUUCCUCGCAGACGUCUACUGAUGAAGAUUACGGUGCCGGUUUUGAUUGUGAGACGGUUUCUGUCGUCCUCCCUGCACAGUGCAGCGUCUACCAGCUGCGACUGCGCAUCUGUAUGCAGGCACAGUUGCAAAGUUGCCAUCCGGACCCAUUUGCCAUACUGGAUCCAGAGAAGUACACUUUGCUAUAUGCCCGGGGGGGUGACUGGUACGAAGCCUACGAUGACUGUCAGGUUAUCAGGACGUUAGACAUUCCUUGGUCAUGUGAUGACUCCCAGUGUCUGUUGGCACACAUAGUGGUAAAAGCUCUGGUGGCUGUUGAUUCUGAGGUGAAGAAGAAACAGCAGCAGUGUCUGACUCAUCUGAUUGGACAUGAUUUGGAGAACGAAGCAUCUGACAGGCUCGGCGAACUCACAUUUACCCGCAGGAAACUGGCAUCUCCCAGAAGACAAGAGCUGAGGAAUCGGAAUGACAAGUUGUACGCCACAGAACCCUGGAUAACUUCUGUCCCCUUACCGGCCGCCUUACAGGACUGGCUGAAAAGAAAUCUUUCCGUCAACCUCCAUUACAUGAGCAAGAUCAGCUUCAGCGUACAGGUGGAUUUGAGCACAACGCCAGAUGUCCUUCUUAAAUUUUUCCGAAGGGUCAUGUCAGACCAGCGGCUUGAGUACAAUGCCUCUGAAAGUGUGGUGUUGAAAGUUACAGGCAGAGAGGAGUUUCUAUCUGGAGGCUACAGCCUCAGUGAUUUCCUCUGGGUCCGACAGUGCUUGACAACCAACCAGGACCUCCACCUAUCAGUGGUUCCUGUGUCACAGCUCCCCGAAGAGACCGUCAAGUUUGUGGACUGGCCACUGGUUGAUGGUUUCAGCGGUCAGUUCAGUUCCCACAAUGAUCUCCGGCUGGAGGGGAAGGAUUUGGACGACAUUUUCAUGAUAUCCUUGUGGGACUGCAACAGAAACCUCAGAGUCAAACUGCUCGGCUUUGAUAUCCCAAAACUUCCAAGCAAAUGCCCUCAGUCUGUUUAUGUUGAAGCAUCCAUACUUUACGGAAACAAGGUUCUGUCUUCAGUGUCGUCGCUUACCAAACCCUUUGCAGAUGAAGUUCUGUGGAAUGAGUGGCUGGACUUUGACGUUCUCCUCAGGGAUCUGCCUCGUGGAGCCAAGCUGGGUCUCACUAUCAAUGCAAGUGGUGGCGACAGUUCCCCAGUAACCAAAGACCCGAGAACUUCAAGUAUCAGAGAUCCAAAGGCUUCAGUCAUUAGAGACCCGAAGACCUCAACCCCCAACAAGGCACCAGACCUGCAGAAAGGGAAAGGGAAGGUGCUCUACUUUGUCAAUCUUCUCCUCAUAGAUCACAGGUCUCUCCUCAGCCAGGGCUCCUACACUCUGCACAUGUGGUCCUACCCCGACGUGGACGAUGAAGCUAUCACCUACCAAGCAGACAAACUGUCCUCUGCUACCAACCCAGACAUCACUGACUCGAUGGCUAUCAGCUUCUUUCUGGACCGCUACAGCUUCCCUGUGGUUCUUCCAAACACCUUCAGCCCUUCUAAAGAAUUAGGUAGUCCCUCCUCUGGCCACCCCUCAACCAAAUCUGCUGCCUCCUCGCAGGUGUCCACUUUAACCAGUACGGAUUCUUCCUCUCUGACACUGACCGACACUUUAACUCCCAAAUCCCCAUCUCCAGCCAUGGACAAAGAUUGUCUGAGAAGGUUCCGGAAGGAGAGCAUCCACUAUGCCUCCAACCUGCCCCAGUACCUGCGAAACAUUGACUGGAUAAACCGCAAAGUGGUCGAGGAUGUCCAUUGGCUGCUGGGGAACUGGGAUCCCAAGGAACUGGAUGUAACUUUGGCUCUGGAGCUGCUGAGCAUGGAUUUUGCAGACGAGACGGUCAGAAGACUGGCGGUGCAGAGACUGGAGAGCCUGUCAAACGAUGAUGUGCUGAAGUAUCUGCUGCAGCUGGUGCAGACCCUUAAAGUGGAACCCUACCACGACAGUUUCCUCGCUCGGUACCUCAUCCAAAGAGCUCUGCGGAGCAAGAGGAUUGGCCACUUCUUCUUCUGGUACGUCCGCAGCGAGGUGGCCGGAUGUCCGUACUUCCGCCAGCGGAUGGCAGUGAUCCUGGAGGCCUACCUGCUGGGCUGCGGUCAGGCGAUGCUGGACAGUUUCAUCCAGCAGGUCCGGACCGUGGAGGCCCUGCAGGAGGUGGCUCUGCUCAUCAAGAGCUUCUAUCCAGACAAGACCGACCUGCCGUCCACAGCUCCUCUCAGGCUUCAGGAGCUGCUCAGAAACAGCAACCUGCCAGAUGAAUUCCUGCUGCCCUUCAAUCCUCGUAUCAAAGCCGGAAGGAUCCUGCUGGAUAAAUGCAAAAUUAUGGCAUCUAAGAAGAAACCUCUAUGGCUGGAGUUCUCUCCGAUGCCGUCGCCGACUCCAACAACACCGGUGGGAAUCAUCUUCAAAGAGGGGGACGACCUGCGACAGGACAUGCUGGUCAUUCAGACUCUGGUGGUGAUGGACUCCAUCUGGCAGGAGAAAUCUCUGGAUCUGAACCUUAUUCCGUACGGCUGCAUCUCCACAGGACACAACAUCGGCAUGAUUGAGAUCGUGAGGAACGCUGCGACCAUCGCUGCCGUCCAGAAGAGCCUCGGAGGAACGACUGCAGCCUUCAGGAACGACGCCCUGUUCGAGUGGCUCAAGUCCAAGUGUCCACUCCAGGAAAUUCACUACAACACUGUGGAGAAAUUUGUGAAGUCCUGUGCUGGUUACUGUGUGGCCACGUAUGUUCUGGGAAUCGGAGAUCGACACAACGACAACAUUAUGAUCUCUGACCAAGGAAACUUGUUCCACAUUGACUUUGGUCACAUCCUGGGAAACAGGAAGCACUUCCUUGGCGUGCGGAGGGAGCGCGUGCCGUUCGUCCUCACACCUGACUUCCUGUUUGUCAUGGGGAGGGUCAAAGGUCGCAACAGCCUCUACUUCCAGCGAUUCAGGGACACCUGCACCCAGGCCUACCUGUCCCUGCGCUCCCACUCCCGGCUGCUGGUCACCCUGUUCUCGCUGAUGCUGCUCACCGGCAUCCCGGAGCUGAGCGCCGCAGAGGAUAUGCGCUACCUGCGGGAGGCGCUGCAGGAGGAGCAGACUGAGACCGAGGCCAGGGAGCAUUUCCUGCAGCAGAUCUCUGAGUGUGAGCAGCUGGGCUGGACGGUGCAGGCCAACUGGUGGAUCCACAUGGUGGCCGGCAUCAAGUAG